UAUGAUAUAUAAUUUAAUGUUUUUAUUUAUCCAUCACAUAUUCAUAUUUAUGAAAAGUUGAAUCUUUAUAAUUUCUGAUCAUGUAAAUAAAAAUAACAAAAGUAGGAUUUUUAAAAAUUUAACAAAUAUACAUUACAACUAGAUGUUCGUCCGCGCAUGCAUGCAUAAAUAUUUUAUAAUUAUUUAUUAAUAUAUACAUUACUAAUUAAAAGACAAUAAUGAUAAAUUAUUAUUAGAUAAAAAAAUAUAAAUUAUUAUUAAUGUUUUUCUUUAAAAUUCUUACAUAAUAGUAUAAUUUUUUGAUAAAUAAAUCUUAAAAAUCGUUCAAUAUUCUUUUCAUAUAUAUAAAAUAUAAAAAUUUAAUUGAUUAAUAUUUAGUUAUAUGUUUUCUGUUUUUUAACCUUUGAUUAAAAGUUUUUUUUUCAGAUCUUCUAGAAAAAUUAUUCCUUCCUUUGUCUUUUUGACCUUUAUUUUAUCAUAUUAUUCUCACGUGUAUAUAUAACACACGCAAACCCCAUAACCACAAUCAUGAAUGACUUUUUAAAGAAAAUAAAGAUCAAAUGGAGAAAUCUGAAAAAGUAGCUUACGUUUCUGUUUUGUCUCUUCUCUCGCUCUCUCUUCUUCUCCUCAUCAUCUUCCUCUUCUUAUUAUGCAGAAAGAAACCGGUCCGGUCCGACGAACCUCUCCUUCCAGAAACCAAACCGGUCGGUCUAGCUUAUCCCUUAACCGAAAUAGAUUCAGCAACCGACGGCUUCAACCAGCGACGAAUCAUCGGCAGCGGUCGGUUAGGUACGGUUUACGCCGCGGUUAUUCCAACGCACAGAAACCUAGUCGCGGUAAAAAGAAUACAUCCCGGUUUGGUUUUGAGUAAACCGGGUUUCGGUUUCUCCACAAUCCUCAAAACGCUUUCUUCCUCUCUUCACCCCAACGUCGUCUCGAUCCUAGGCUUCUCGGAAGCUCCGGGGGAGAGGAUCGUCGUGACUGAGUUCAUCGGAGAAGCGAGAAGCUUGAGCGAUCACUUGCACCACGGAGAUCCCGAUCUCGAAUUCGAUUGGCGGAAACGUUUUAAAGUCGCGGCGGGAGCGGCGAGGGGUUUGGAGUAUCUGCACGAAGUAAUCGUCCACGGACGAUUCACGUCAUCGAACAUACUCUUAGAUGAUAAGUUCACGGCGAAGGUUUCGGAUUACGGAUUCGCGUUUUUGAUUCCGCGUGAGAAGUCGGAGAUCCAUUGGUACGUUGAAGAAGGAUACUGCAAAGAGAGCGAUGUGUAUGGAUUCGGCGUCGUUUUGCUGGAGAUUCUGAGCGGGAGGAGAAGCGAAAACGGAUUGAUCGUGAAAUGGGCGACGCCGUUGAUCAAGGAGCAGAGAUUCGCGGAGCUUUUGGAUUCGAGAGUGGUUGUUCGGAGUGAGAUCAAGUGUUUGGUGAUAAGGUUAGCGAAGGUUGCUUUGGCCUGCGUCGGGAACUCGCGGAGGAGCCGCCCAACGGUUUCUCAGGUGGCAGCGAUUUUGAAUAGUUUGGAGAGGGAAGGAGGGGUUGUUUGAGUAAUUUCGAAAAGUUUUGGGGUUUUUUACGGAGAAGAUUAAGAAUGUUAUAGUAGGGGUAGGAUGAUUAAUUCUGUAAAUGAUACUUUUCACGCCGUGUACAUUAACGUAUUGUUUGGGUGUUUAAUCGGUUUCAUGUGAUUUAAUUAAAUCUCUAUUGAUGAUUUUA